AUGGCUUCGGCAUCAUCGAGCGGCGAGGGCCACGGUGAGGAUGUUUUCGAAAUCGAGGAUUUCACAAUCGUUACAAUCAAGGAGGCACUGUCCGCCGAGAUUGAGCAGCUGCUACGGCGAUGGAACCUCACCGGCAACGAUGACAACAUGUACUCAUUCACAAAAGAAGCAUUUGCGGGCUGUGAGUGGGAUUCGCGUUCCGAGCAAAUAGCUUAUGGCAACAAUCGCUUGCUUUUCACUCACUGUUGGCCGAAAACGCUACAGAAAUUGGAAGGUGGUGGGAGGUCAAGUGAUGCUUGCAGUGUCGAUCUGUCGGAAGAUUUUUUGACCAAUUCUGCGAGAUUGGCUUGUGCAGCCGAGUUGGAUUUCUGCCCGGGAUCUGUUAUUUGCAAUCAGGUGACUAUUACGCUAAUAAAUGCACUUUAUUGUUAA